CUCCAUUAAUCUCUGCCCUUCCCUAUCCAUGUUUUGGCUUCAUCUGCUGCCGGUCUAACCUCAUUUUCCAUGACGAUUCAGAAAAAAAUUCACACAAUGACUCAAAGACCCAAGUAAACAGCAAAAACUCAUCAUCACUUCUAAAUUCUUAAAUGUACUUACUUUUAAACCAACUUCAACAAUAUCACUCCUUAAGCUCUCUUGUGUUCUCUCCGGUUUAGAGGUUUUAGGCCCUUCAAAAAUGGAGGACCAAUGUGGUCUGCUUACCUGGGGAAAUUGCUUUCAAGAAGAGGGAAUGGAAGAAUUAAAGCAUACUCUUUUAUACACUACUUUGGAGCUUGAGACAACAAUUUUGUCAGCCAAGGAGGAAAUCACAAGAAGAGAACUUGAACUGAUUCAACUCAAAGAAGUUCUUGCUGUGACAAUGAAAGAGAAAGAAGAAGCAGUAGCAAGAUGCCAAAGACUAGUCCAUGACAAACUCGUUCUGCAGCAAGAACUGCAGCAAAAUCACCACAAACACCAGUUUCUGCACCACCAGCAGAAGCAAGAACAAGAACUUGCUCUGCAAAUCCAUGGAAGUUCUAGCAGUGAAGAUGAAUCCAUACCCGUAAAACCCAAAAGAGGUUUGGACACUUCUGACUGUUAUCAUAGACAAAUGGGUUCAUCUCCAGGAGGAGAGUCAAUCCCCCAAUUACCAGAGGAGGCUAUGAAACUUGCAGCCAAGAAGCCAUUGCCAGAGAAAGGGAAGCUUUUGCAGGCAGUAAUGGAGGCUGGACCACUUCUACAGACCCUCCUCUUAGCUGGACCUCUGCCUCAAUGGCAGCACCCUCCUCCCCAACUUGACUCCAAUGACAUCCCACCAGUGGGAAUUUCUUCUCCAACCAGUCGUCUCGUGACUCAAACCUCCUUUAACAAUCUUAACCAUAGCUGUUUGAGCAAGAAAAGAUCUGCUGAUCAACUCUUUGAUUGCUCUGAAUUAUCUUCUUCCCCAGAAACCAAGCAUCAGAAGAGCUGUUCUCCAUUGAAUUGACCAGAAAUUUCUCUAUUGCUGUACUACUAUCCAUCCUUUUCCAUAUACUACUUAGAAUUUUAACAUGAUCCAAGAGGCACCCAUGAACACGAACUAGAUGGAAUGGUCUUGGUGCCUCACUUCUGUUUCAGAAGAAUUUUUUGCACACUACUUUUGUUGCCAUUAGGAAUUUAACAAGCCUAACUUUUAUUCAAUGGAGACUUUUGAUGGGGAAAAAAAAAAAAAAAAAAAAAAAAAGGAAGAAUUUUUGGUUUAUUUAUCCCAUUAUUCAAUUCACCACUCCAAACCAUGAAUAUCUCUUCAACUCUGAAAUGGGUCUUUGGAAUUCCCCAAAUUUGUAUAGACUCUGCUAAUUCUCCUGUAACUAAGAUCAUGUUUGUUUAAAGAUUCAGUGAUGAACCCAGAUUCCAAAAGAAGGUACUAAAGUUUAUCAAAGCAA